CGGGAGGGAGGCGGCCGAGGGGCCGGAGCGGCGGGCGCAGCGGCGGCAGGACGGCCCGCGGGCGGCUCGGGGCCGCGCGCCGAGAACCUCGCGGGGCGGCGGGCGCCGCACCCCCGGCCUGGCCGCCUGCGCCCCGGGGCGGCGGCCGGCGCGCGCCUGGGCCAGCAGCAUGAGCAGCGGCUACAGCAGCCUGGAGGAGGACGCCGAGGACUUCUUCUUCACCGCCAGGACCUCCUUCUUCAAGAGGGCGCCCCCGGGCAAGCCCCGCGCCGGCCAGCCGGAUGUGGAGAAAGAGAAGGAAACCCACAAUUACCUCAGCAAAGAGGAAAUCCAAGAGAAAAUUCAUAAGUACAAUUUAGCAGUGACAGACAAGCUGAAGAUGACCUUGAAUCCGAAUGGGACGUACACUGGCUUCAUCAAGGUGCAGAUGGAACUCUGCAAGCCCCCGCAGGCGUCUCCGAGCGGCUGCAUGAACACGCUCCACAUCAGCAGCACCAACACCGUGGGGGAGGUGAUCGAGGCCCUGCUCAAGAAGUUCCUCGUGACCGAGAGCCCCGCCAAGUUUGCACUUUAUAAACGCUGUUACCGGGAGGAUCAAGUCUACGCCUGCAAGCUCUCGGACCGGGAGCACCCGCUCCACCUGCGCUUGGCAGCCGGGCCCAGGACAGACACGCUCAGUUUUGUUCUCCGCGAGCAUGAAAUCGGAGAGUGGGAAGCCUUCAGCCUCCCGGAGCUGCAGAACUUCUUGCGCAUCCUGGACAAGGAGGAGGACGAGCAGCUGUAUAACCUGAAGAGGCGCUACACGGCCUACAGGCAGAAGCUGGAGGCGGCGCUCAGCGAGGUGUGGAAGCCGGGCUAAGGCGGCCCGAGCUCAGGGCGCAGGGACUGCGGACGCACCGGCAGCGGAUCUCCUCUCGUCUCGUCUCGGAGGGCUGUUUCCCGGCCCCGUGAUGCGAGGGGCUUCCCCUUUAUCCCUAGAGGAGCUCUCCGGACCGCACGGCCCCCGCGCCUGGGCCUCUGCCCGGAGCCUGCGGGCUCGCCUGUUACUGCGCGUCCCGCCCGCCCGCGAGCCGUGGAGCUGGGCCGCGCGUGCUCGGAAGCAUGGACUCUGGGUUUUGUUUCUCGUUUUCUUUGAUAUUUUAAUUAUUUGAUGAUGAUGUUGUUAAGCUUAAGGAUGUGCAAAUGAUUUUUAAAAAGCUUAACCAGGAAUCUGAAUACUUGUCCUCUGUUGAAACUACCUUUUUUUUUUUUUUUUUUUCCCCCCCAAUAUCAGAGGGAACAUCCACGUGAAUGAAAGGCACAGGAAGCUGGGAACUCAGGAGUUUGGGAAGGAUUUUGGAGGAGCUUGGCAUUUCAAGAAAGUAAAGAGCAAGUUUGGAAGAAGGCGUGAGUGGAGCUGGAGGAGCUCUGAGUGAGGGCGGUUUGGGUGCCGGGUUGAUGGAGGAGAGGGAAAGGUGUAUUUGUUUGUAAAGGAUUAAAACGUUCAGUGUUUUGAGGUGUUAGGGCCACUGUAGUAGUGCUUGGUUUCCUGGUGAAUAAAAUAGGGAAACGGCACCAAAGAACGUAGGAGCUAGACCAAAGAGAGGGAUGGUGACGGAGGCCGACUGAAGGUGGCCUGCGGCCGGUGAUGGUGCAGAGCCGGGAGCGGGAGUGGGAGCGGGAGCCGAGCCGGAGCCUGCCUUCCCGGGCCUGCCUUUUCGCGUGGAAGGUGCAGCUUCCCCCGGCCUGUGGAGCAGGGACUGUUGAACGCCUGCUAAGUUACUCUUUUCCCUGAGGUUGUUUUUAAAGCUGAAAAGGAGUCUGGGGAGGGCCCGUUUCUCCAGAUGGUUGGCUGAGAGAUUUGUCCAGGGAAGAGCUCCCUGCACACUUGGUGACAAUCACUCCGUUUCCCUUUUCCUUCCCCUCCCCUUCCUUUCCCUUCUCCCUCUCUCUUGUGAAUGGGAGUCCGUUCCGUGUACCGGGGACCAGGGCUCUGGCUGAAAGACCCAGUACUACCGGAGCCUCGGUUCUCAGGAGGACGACGACGGCAGGAAAGGGGAGGGCCACCCCUGGCCACCGCAGAGGGACAGUUUGUGGAAACCUUUUAACAAAAGUGCAUGUUCCUUCCGACCAAAGAAACGCGUGUGCAAUGGAAGCCUUCCUUAAAGCAAGCUAAAUAACCUCAUUGUAGGCAGCAGUUCAUCUGAAAACCAUGGGAAAGGUGUAACUGUGGUUCUAGAGAGGGAUUUACAGUCUAUUAUUUUUUGUCUAUAUAUUUUUUUGUUUUGUUUUUAUAAAUUCCCAAGGAAUUGUUAACGCUUUGGUGACACCUACUGGAUUCUUUGUGAAAUUCCGAGGUGCUUCAGCUUUUUGCCUUUUACCCGAACUGUGCCUUUGAUUGCAUUUGUCUCCCUCCCGGGGGCUCCUCAGUCAGAGGGCCCCUCUCAGAGGCAGAUGGAGUGUCGGCGGUGAUCUGCCGCACGUCACUGAGACAAUCGUAUCUUCCUCAGCUUUUCAAGGAAAGAUGGGAAAAAGAGUAGAGCUAGCUAUAAAACAUGUAUGGCACAUCUUGUUUAAUUUUGCAUGUGACUUCUUUUUAGUGCAUUGAUGAGGUUUUAGUUGUCAUUGUCAUCGAACACUUUUAUUGUUCAGGGAAUGCCUUCACGGUUUUUAUACUGGUUUUACUGUUCGGGCUGUGGCUUGGGUUUGAGGAUAGUGUUAUCAACCACCUGCUCUCUUCUUCACCCACCCCAGUAAGCUUAUAUUUUGUGAAGCAUUUGUUUCUCAGAUUAAGACACUGUUAGAACCUAAUGUAGUAGCUGAUGGGUAUCUGUGAAUUUUUUUUUUUUUUUUUUUUUUUUUUUUUUUUUUUUUUUUUACUUGAAGUAGAUUGUCUUAAAAUAGGCCCCCUCCCCUGUAUCAUCCACACCCCGUUCAUCGUCGCCAUGUGCACUACAAGCUGCAAUUCGGAAAAUGUUCUUGCUGUUCUUGAAGAUCGAUGCUUUCUCCAAGACACUGGUUACUGCAGCAAGGUUCAUGUAUUAAAAAAAGAAGGGCCAGUAAGGCCACCGGUUUUUAUUAAAAAUCAUUGUGCAAAUUCUUACGUUAAAUUAAACUAAGCUUUGCUGUGAUACUGUUUUCCCUAUGUGAUGGUACAGGAGUGAUGUCAAAUGAAGGGGGGAGAUAUUGCAGGGGAGCAUUUUAAAUCGCACACGUAAAAAGUUAUAAUAUUUAUAAUGUUGAGGAGUGUUUAAGUUUAUUUUUUAUAGGGAACAUUUUUCUUCCCUGAAAUUGUUUUUGGAUUGGCAAUUUGUUUCCAUUAUUAAAAGCUGAUGUUGUCAGU